UGCAGAACGAAAUUAUGCACCCACAGAAUUAGAAUGUCUAGCCGCUGUCUGGGCAAUGGAAAAUUUUAGAACUUAUCUUUUGCAUCAACCGUUUGAUCUUAUCACUGAUCACGUUGUAUUGCAAUGGUUAUUCAACAAACUUGAUCCUCUCGAAAAUUCAUGUGCUGGAUAA